AUGAAAAGAAUAUUUUUAUUCUUUUUUAUUUUAGUAGUAUUAAAUUUAAGAAUAUUCAUAAAUUAUAAUAUAAAAAUAAAGUUUAAGAAUUUUAAAAAUAAAAUUUUUAUGUCAAGUAGGGUUCAAUUAAAAUCUACUAAAUUACAACAUAGAAAAAGGCCAAAAAAAAGAAAAAAAUCAGAAAUAUAUAGAACCCCUGUUUUAUAUCAUCCUAAUCAAAGAGAUUAUUUUAAUUUACAAAGUGAGUAUACUUGUUUGCCUGAUGAAGAAAUAUUAAAUCUUUUAUCAACAAAUAAAUUAUAUUUAUUAAUUAAAGCUAUAAAAAAUAAAGAUAAUGAAGAAAUUAAUAAAAUUCUUUAUAAAGAUGUUAACAACAUAUAUAUAGAUAAAAAUUAUAUAUAUUAUGAUGAGAGUAAUAUUAUAAAACAAGAUAAUAUUUAUAAUGAUGAUUAUGUAAAUAAGGAUGAAAAUAAAAAUAACAAUCUUCAUAGCAUUAAUAGUUGUAAUAAUCAAAAAAGUAGUAGUGAACAAAAAAAAAAGAAAAAUAAUAAUUUGUUUAAUGAUAGUAAUUAUGAAAAAAAUUAUUUUCCAUAUAAUGAUGAAUUACCAAAUACAUCAGACAAAAAUGGAGUUGAAGAUAAAAAAUUUGUUGAUAUAAAUAAUAUAUAUUUUUAUUUUAAAAAAAUAAAUAUUACAAAUAUAAAUAAGGAUAACAUUAACAGCGAUAUAUAUAAAGAAUUAUUACAAUUAAAAAAAAUGUCAAUCGAAAAAGAAGAUGCCAUCGGAUAUAAUAUUUACAAAUACUUUUUAAAUAUUAUUACAAAUGUUGAUAGGCCAAAAUUUAUUGAUGAUUUUUUUUUAGUGAAUUAUAUAAAUAAUAUAUGGAUAACAAAAAAUGUUCAUAAAUAUUUUUAUUUCUUAAAUUCCUUGUUUGAUAGAAUGAAAAAAAUAUCUUAUAAAUUAUUUCAUUUAAACUAUAAAAUUGAUAUAAUUGGUCAUGUAGAUGAGAAAAAUAAAAUGAAAUAUUUUGAAAGACAUGAAUUAUUUGAUAAAGUCAUUAAAAAGACUAAGUUUAUACCUAAUUAUAUAAUUAAACAUAAUUAUAUUUACUCUAACAACAUUUUAAAUUUAUAUGAAUAUGAUAUUUGUACAAACUCAUAUAUAAAUAAAUUUGAUCAAACAUAUAAAGAGGUUUCAUUAAAUGAUUUUUUAGAUAUAAACAAAAAAAAAAAAUUAAAUAUUUUUUAUGAUAACAAAAAAUUUGAGCCAUUUUAUAAUUAUGCUCAAAAUUAUGAUAAAGAUAAUUGUUUAAAAAAAAUUAUGAAUUUAACUUAUCCAAAAAAAAAAUAUAUCACUUCUCUUUCUAUGUCUAAUGAAGACAUUAAAGAAGAAAAUGAUUUGCAUAAAGAUAGUUAUAAUAAAAAUGACAUUAAUGAUAAUCUUAAAAGUAAUUCUGAAGAAUCGUCGUUUGAAAAUAGUAAUGAGAACCACUCUAGUAAAAAUGUAACAAAUGAAGAAAAUAAUAAGGAAAAUGUUAACGAACCUAAUAAUUUAUUAGAUAAAAUAAAAACUAACCCCGAGUUAAGAAAUGAAAUUUUAAGAAAAAUUUGUGAUAAAAUGCAUAGUGAAUUUUGCGAAAUGAAAAUUUUGGAUGAUCAAAAUAGAAUUGAUUUAAAUAGAAUUGAAGAUAUUAAAAAGGAUAAGGAUAACAUUUUAUACAAAAAAGUAUAUGCUAUGCGUGAUUAUUUUUAUAAUUUAUUUUAUAAUAAUUAUAAACCUAAUCUAGAUUUAUAUGAAUUAGAAACGUUUAUAGAUGCUGAAUAUAGAACAUUUUCUUAUAAAAAAGAUUUAAAUACCCUAUUUAUAAAUUGGGUAUUAAAAGAAAAUAAAGAAUUACCAGAAGUUCAUUUUGCAAAAAAAGAUGUAGAAAUAGCUAAAGAAAGAUAUUUAUCUAAAAGAAAAAGAAAAAUAUUAGAGUUUAAUGAAAAAUUUUUAAAACGUCAUGGGAAGGGAAUAAAAAAUUAUGAGCAUAAAGAAAAAUAUAAUGAAAAUGAAAAUGAAAAUGAGAAUGAAAAUGAGAAUGAAAAUGAAAAUAAAUUAAAUAAAAAAUCAAUUAACUGUUUAAUUAAAUGGAAUUUAGAAUGUGAAAAUGAAUUUGAGAAAAUAAAUAAUGAUAACAAAACAAAAAAUGAAGAAAAUGAAGAAAAUGAAGAAAACGAAGAAAACGAAGAGGAGGAUAAUGGAAUAGAUGAUUUUAAUUAUGGUGGAUAUAAUAUGAAUAAUGAUGAAAUAGAUUCAUAUGGUUUUUGUGAUGAAAAUUUAGAUGAUUUUGAUGAUACAGAAUCUUCUCAUAAUUUAAAUUAUGCUAAAUUAGUUAUUUAUGAUGAUAAUUACGAUAAGGAAGAAUUUGUAGAAACAUUAAUGAAAUUUAUCCCUACAUGUGAUUCUAAAAGAGCUCAAUCAAUUUAUAAUUUAUUAAAAAUAAAAGGAAAAGUUGAUAACUUAUAUUUUAAGAAUUUUGAUAGAGCUGAAAACCUAGCUUUUUUGAUGCGACAAUCAAAACAAAAAAUUUUAGUAGACGUAGAACCAUUAUAA